CUCCAUCCUCCUGUGCCCGCAAACUCCUUUCGUCCCCAACCUUUGUUCUGCUAGGGUUGGCGCCGCCAGGCUGCUCCCCGCCGCCGGCCGCCGCUGCUGCUCACCACGGAAGCAGGACACCGCCCUGACCCGGCUGCCCUCCUCAUCGUCUCCUCCUCGCCCGGCCGCCCCUCCCCAAGUCCUUCCCCGCCCGACCCGAGCUCCAACGCGAACCGCCCCGACCCGGCCGCCCUCCUGCUCGAAUCCUCCCUGGCCGGCCCUCCUUUCCCUCCGCCCGGAAGCAGGCCGCCACCACCGCGCCCAGCUGCCCCGUCUCCUCUGCGGCCAGCCACCACCGCGCCUGCUGCUGAUGGAUAAAGGGAAGCAGAAAGCAAUUUGGGAUGCUGCGCCUCAUUCCAUAUAUAUGGAUGUGUGCGUAGAGGAGGUGCGAGCAAACCACCGCGCCAUAGGAAACACCACUUUGUCCGAUGUAGGGCAAGUGACCUGGAGCUUAUGCUACAAGUAAUCCAUGCUUAGUAUUUGUUGAGCAUUGAGGGUGCUUGAGAUAAAGAUGCUGAAGAACAUCUUGAGUCAGUCAUGGAGGAGGGGAGCGCAUGUCCUACGGGAAGGGCAUCCAGCUGAAGCAAUGUAUGCUUGUUCAAGUCAAUUUCACAGCGGGCAGGUGUUGAGGUCGGCGAGGAGCUUCUUUGGCGUGGAGGACUUCAUGGACGAGGACAACAGCAAGCCCUACACGUACAAGAAGGAGAAGCGGUCCAAGAACCCGCACAAGCACAUCUCGUUCAAGCAGCGGACGAUCGCGCACAUGGAGCCCUUCACCCUGGAUGUGUUCAUCUCGAAGCGGUUUGUGUCGGCGUCGCUGACCCACCGGUCGACGUGCCGGCAGGUGGCGGUUGCGGGCACCAACUCCAAGGACGUGAAGGCGGCGCUGACGUCGCGGUCGGACGUGCCGGCGUGCCUGUCGGUGGGGCGGUUCCUGGCGGAGCGGGCCAAGGAGGCGGACGUGUACGCGUGCACCUACACGCCCCGGGAGCGGGACCGGUUCGAGGGCAAGAUCAGGGCCGUUGUGCAGUCGCUCAUCGACAACGGCAUCCACGUCAAGCUCUACCUCGACUGAUCCUUUCUCUUUUUUUGCUGGUGUGUGUCUGUUGCCGCUCUGCUUUCUACGCCUGCUGCUGAAGAAGAGUGUUGGCUUGGUUGAAUGCGCUGUGACUUUUGCGGAUGUCCAAUGUCUGUUGCAAGAAAUUUCGCAGACUUUUCACGGCUUUACCAGGGUAGCUCUUCUCCGUGUGAAGAUGUCAACCACACUUGACAUUUUGGUGCCUUGUUUUCUACUAGUAGGAGUACCAUUUCUGUUGUUAA